CUGAAAAGCUCUUUACGCCGAGACCUUCAGAGAAGCGACAGCGGCUCUUCAGCUGAGUAUUUCUGGACUGACUUUCUGGAGGAGUUGAACCGGCGAGCGGAGCGAUGGCAGGCUCUUUCACACGUCUGAUCUCAGGCCGGAACACGGCCGUGCUGCUGGCCAGCCUGGGCGCCGGAACCCUCACCACCGGCUUCCUGCUGAGCGACGGCGGCUCGCUGGCCGCCGAGGCCAAGAAGAAGCUGUACCCUCCCAGCUCAGACUUCCCCGACCUGAGGAAACACAACAACUGCAUGGCCUCGGCUCUGACUCCGGCCAUUUACGCCAAACUGAGGGACCGGGUGACCCCCAACAACUGGACCCUGGACCAGUGCAUCCAGACCGGCGUGGACAACCCGGGACACCCGUUCAUCAAGACGGUGGGCUGCGUGGCCGGAGACGAGGAGAGCUACGAGGUGUUUGCUGACCUUUUUGACCCCGUCAUCAAGGACCGACACAACGGUUACAACCCCAAAACCAUGAAACACCCCACUGACCUGGAUGCCUCCAAGGUGACCAACGGGAUGUUCGACGAGAACUACGUCCUGUCCUCGCGCGUCCGUACCGGCCGCAGCAUCCGAGGGCUGAGUCUGCCGCCGGCCUGCUCCCGGGCGGAGCGCCGGGAGGUGGAGCGCGUGGCGGUGACGGCCCUGGCCGGCCUGAAGGGCGACCUGGCCGGGCGCUACUACAGCCUGGGGGACAUGACGGAGAAGGAGCAGCAGCAGCUCAUCGACGACCACUUCCUGUUUGACAAGCCCGUCUCUCCCCUGUUGACCUGUGCCUUCAUGGCCAGAGACUGGCCGGACGCCAGAGGGAUCUGGCACAACAACGAGAAGACCUUCCUGAUCUGGAUCAAUGAGGAGGACCACACCAGGGUCAUCUCCAUGGAGAAGGGCGGCAACAUGAAGAGGGUGUUCGAGAGGUUCUGCAGAGGACUGCAGCAGGUGGAGCAGCUGAUCCAGGAGCGAGGAUGGGAGUUCAUGUGGAAUGAACAUCUGGGAUACGUCCUCACCUGUCCGUCCAACCUGGGCACCGGCCUGCGGGCAGGUGUGCACGUCCGCCUGCCAAAGCUCAGCAAGGACCCACGUUUCUCCAAAAUCCUGGACAACCUGCGGCUGCAGAAGAGAGGAACCGGCGGCGUGGACACGGCCGCCACCGGAGACACCUUCGACAUCUCCAACCUCGACCGUCUGGGCAAAUCUGAGGUGGAGCUGGUGCAGCUGGUGGUGGACGGGGUGAACUACCUGGUGGAGUGUGAGAAGAGGCUGGAGCGAGGUCAGGAUAUCAAAAUCCCCGCUCCCCUCGCUCAGUUCAGGAAGUGAAAGCAGGACGGUCGGACGGCGGCGCCGCUUUCCUCCCACGCCGAGCCGCCUCAGACCCAAAGACUCAGACACCCGUAGACUGAGAGACUCUCAAUCCCGCACUCGAGUCUCAGAUGCUCUAACCCUCCAAGCCUCGGGAACUCUGUAACUUUGGAGCCUCGGACCUCAGAAUCCUGGUCUUUGGAUCUCUGAGGCUCGGACCCUGAAACCCUGCGAGUCUCAGAGCUUCAGAGCUGCUCUGAGUCCUUGAAGCUCAAACGUUCAGGUACUCGUUGCCUUGGAGCCACAGACACUUAGACCCUCUGAGACUUGGAUCUACUGUUGUUGGUCUCGUUGAACCUUUGACCCUUGAGGACUCCAGGACCCUUGCAGACCCAGAGAGAUCUGUCCAUCACAAACUCAGACCCAGACUCUGAACCGUCAGACACUUUACGACUCAGAGCCUGUCCAGACCCGAAGCUCCAGACUCCAUGACCCUCAGAGACUCAAAGCCUCUGACCUCCCGACUUGUCCAAAGACUUGAAGACUGGGAGCUUUAAAGACCCUCUGACAUGAAGAUCCUCAGAGGGUCUGAGAGUCUGACUCUCUGACACUUGACUGUCGACUCUCGACUGUGAAUGUUUGAACCCUCUUAUUAACCCCCCCAGGCAGACGCAGCGCCUCAGACUCUUAGAUCUAAAGCUUCUGAAGGUUUGAUCCUCCAAGACUUAAAGACCAGGAGCUUUAGAAACUCAAACUUUUAGAUGUUGAGACAAAAAGCCUCUGACCUGUAGACCCUCUUGAGUCCCCCUUGUUCUACCCAAAAACCUUGAAGUAAGAUGAUUGUAGACUUGAUCUGCAGUUCAGGGGAAACUUCUACCUCAGGUUACCUGUAACCCUGAAGUCAAUAAAACCACCUACAUGAAACCU